AUGAAAAAAUUUGAGUACAAUGCCAGUUGUAUCUUGCCGUAUGGAUCAUGUAAGUGUACUAACACCUACAUAAGAGACAUUACAUUUCGUUCCUGUGUGCGCUUGUUUUUAGACAUUUGUAUUUUCUUGGAGCAGUUUAGAUAGAGUUAUAGAUACAGUUAUUUUGACCAUUUAAACUACAGUACCAUUAUAUAAUUUACUUUUUCUUUAUUUGUAGUUAAAGAAGACACGUUUAAUCUGAUGGUCGGAACGCACAGUAAAACAUUGAUGAUUUAUCAAAAUGUGACGUUAUCCUGGGCAGCACAGCUUCCUCAUAUCCCUGUUGAUGCUAAAGUCGCUAACUUUGCGUACGUUUUCUUUUCUUUCUAUUUAACGGUAACGUAUAGACAUAGACGAACUGUUUGUGGGUUCUUGUUGUGUCAACGCUUGUCUUUCAAGCUGGGAGACCUGCGUUCAAUCCUUGGUCAGACCUCUACUCAAGGUCUUAAAAUAAUUGAGGAAAAAGUGCUACAAUACCUGUCCACUGACAUCCAGGGGUGGAAAAAAUAGGCAAGCACUGCUCGCAGGAAAUGUUAAACAGCUGCAGGAAAUUUAGUUGAAUGAAGAUUUGCUAUUGAAAAUUUGAAGGAAACCUUAACACCCAAGUCUCGCUAUGGCCGCAACAACAUAUGGUUGACAAACAUUAUUCCUUGAAUUUAAAACCAUGGUCAGCUAGAACACUAUAUGUUUAUGCACAUGCAGAUUUAGCACAAAAAUACUCCGUUGGUCUGCAGGAAAUUUUUGUCUCCAGGUUGUGCUCCCAGGAAGAAAAUUGUUGGACUUGCAAUCACUCUUCUAGCUGUACAAGUCAUGACGUGAUCGAUGUGUAUAUUUCUAGGAAUUUAAAAGGCAUCAUUGUUACCCUAGACGAGACUGGUUAUAUCUACUGCAGCUAUCUGGGUACUGAUCCAUCUUUAUUUGUCACUCCACCAGCGCAUUCCCGUGACGUUCAAUACGAU